AUGUCUGAGCAACUUGUCCUCCGCGGCACCCUCGAGGGCCACUCCGGCUGGGUCACCAGCUUGGCUACCUCGCUGGAGAACCCCAACAUGCUCCUAUCGGGCUCCCGCGACAAGUCCCUCAUCAUCUGGAACCUCACCCGCGACGACACCUCGUACGGCUACCCGAAGCGCAGCCUUCACGGUCACUCGCACAUCGUCUCCGACUGCGUCAUCUCCUCCGACGGUGCCUACGCCCUGAGCUCGUCCUGGGACAAGACCCUUCGCCUGUGGGAGCUGAGCACCGGCCAGACCACUCGUCGCUUCGUGGGCCACACAAACGACGUCCUCUCCGUCUCCUUCUCUGCCGACAACCGCCAGAUCGUCAGCGGCUCCCGCGACCGCACCAUCAAGCUGUGGAACACUCUCGGCGACUGCAAGUUCACCAUCACCGACAAGGGUCACACCGAGUGGGUCAGCUGUGUGCGCUUCAGCCCGAACCCGCAGAACCCGGUCAUCGUCUCUGCCGGCUGGGACAAGUACGUCAAGGUCUGGGAGCUCGCCACCUGCCGCAUCCAAACCGACCACGUCGGCCACACCGGCUAUAUCAACACCGUCACUAUCUCUCCCGACGGCUCGCUCUGCGCCAGCGGCGGCAAGGACGGCACCACCAUGCUCUGGGACCUCAACGAGUCCAAGCACCUCUACUCUCUCACUGCCGGUGACGAGAUCCACGCCCUCGGCUUCUCCCCGAACCGCUACUGGCUCUGCGCCGCCACCUCGAGCUCCAUCAUCAUCUUCGACCUCGAGAAGAAGAGCAAGGUUGACGAGUUGAAGCCUGACUACAUGGACGUGGGCAAGAAGGCUCGUGACCCGGAGUGCAUCAGCUUGGCGUGGAGUGCGGACGGCCAGACGCUUUUCGCUGGGUACACCGACAACAAGAUUCGGGCCUGGGGUGUCAUGAGCCGCGCUUAA